AUGUUAUGUUCAUAUAAUAAUGUACAUAUUAUGUUAUGUUCAUAUAAUAAUGUACAUAUUAUGUUAUGUUCAUAUAAUAAUGUACAUAUUAUGUUAUGUUCAUAUAAUAAUGUACAUAUUAUGUUAUGUUCAUAUAAUAAUGUACAUAUUAUGUUAUGUUCAUAUAAUAAUGUACAUAUUAUGUUAUGUUCAUAUAAUAAUGUACAUAUUAUGUUAUGUUCAUAUAAUAAUGUACAUAUUAUGUUAUGUUCAUAUAAUAAUGUACAUAUUAUGUUAUGUUCAUAUAAUAAUGUACAUAUUAUGUUAUGUUCAUAUAAUAAUGUACAUAUUAUGUUAUGUUCAUAUAAUAAUGUACAUAUUAUGUUAU